AUGUCAAAACCGGUAGCUAUCGUAACAGGUGCAGGCUCUGGCAUCGGCGAAGCAGUAGCAACCCAUCUGUACAGCAAAGGCUAUAAAGUCGUCAUCGCAGACCUGAAUCCAUCAUCGGGCGAACGUGUAGCCGCAAGCCUUGGCCCCGACGCGAUUUUCCACCAAACCGAUGUUUCCUCCUAUAAAUCGCAAGCACAGCUCUUCAAGCGCGCUUACGAAUGGGGCGGCAACCGUCUGGACUUUUGCCAUGCAAAUGCUGGUAUCGACGAUAGACAGAAUAUCUUUGAGGAUAUGGACAAGGAAGAGGUGGAUGAAGAAGGUCUGGUGAAGAAGUUGAACACGAAGACUAUGGAAGUCAACCUCGAGGGCGUGAUGCAGGGAUUGUGGCUGUUCAAGUAUUAUGUUAGAAGAAGCAAGGAGGCAGGUGGUGGGAAGGGCAAAUUUGUCGCCACGAGUAGUGCGGCCGGUUUAUAUUCCAUGAUACAAUGCCCCCAGUACACAGCCAGCAAGUAUGGCGUGGUGGGUCUGUGCCGCGCCUCUGGACCCGUAUUCGUCAAGGAGGGCAUCACAGUUAACGCAAUCUGCCCAGCCUUUAUUCCAACAAACCUCUGUCCUCCAGAAGUCGCAAAGCGCUGGCCUAAAGAGCACAUUACGCCUUUGUCAACAGUGAACAAGGCUAUUGAUGCUUUUUUAGCAGAUGACACAUUGACCGGCCAGGCUGUAGAGUUGUCUCAAGAGAAUAUCUAUUUUAGGCAGCCGGUCGAUUACCCGAACGAAAGCCAGCGGUGGAUUGGCGAGGAGAGUGAUAAGAUCUGGAAUUUAGGCUACCAGGAACCACCAAAGAGGCAAGGAUACUGA